AUGGUCUCCGAGGUGUACAAAGCAGUCAAGAUGUCUCCGAUGUACAGAUGUGGGCCAACGGCCCCUGGUGAACACUGGGUGGGACUGGAAGAGGAUGAAGGUCACUGGAGAUGGAGCAGUGAUGGAGUUGUGGUCGUGACAGAGGGUAAAUUGGAAAACAAAGGUGGCGGGCAUGCAGUUGCUGCAACCGAAGGAUUAUGGAAGAGAGUCAACAAUGCUGAAGAACGUACAGUUGUGUGCGAAGCACGGUUAAGGUGUCUCACAGAACCUUUGUUCCCGAUGACGUCCACGUUUAAUACGUCGGAGAACACAGUAACAGUGCAUGGUAUUGAGUUCAGAUCUCUUGGACGUAACGAGAAGUUUCAGAAGGCAAAAGAACUGUGUGAAAAUAACGGUACCCGGCUACCCCAGUAUCCAUCAGUUGUGACCCAAAACAUCGUGGUUAAACGUUUCGGUGAGCACUGGAUAGGUUUGGAGAAGGACGGGGACAGAUGGAUAUGGGGUGGGGAAGCGAACACGAAGAAUACUGGGACAAAUGACAAUGAACCCGGUCAUGUUAUAGUUACUGCUGAAAGAACAAAAACCUCCGUACCAAAAAAUGCCAGUCAUAAUGUUGUGUGCGAAGCAAAGUUUGCUGAUGUAUGUCCGAACCGCGAUGAACAUGUGAAGGAAAUCGUGACACUGGACAAUAGAUGCUAUUACACCCAUAAGAACAAACUAACCUUUUCUGAGGCUGACACAUUUUGUCGAAAAAUGGGAGCAAGACUUGCUGCAUAUAAGCUUGGGAACUCUAUAAUGGAUGGCUUUGAUCCAUCAGAUCAAGUGAAUGAUUACUGGAUCGAAAUGCCGAAUGGGACUUACAUGUACACAGCUAAUGGGCCAUUUGCAGCAACUGAUCGAGAGGUCGGUGUGGUUUGUGAAGGCGGUCUGGAACUCUACAACGUGAACGACGAAGACUAUAUUACAAGCCCAGAGUUACAAGCAGAUGUGGUUAUGGAUGACAGACCAACUAACUGUUCUCUGGUCGAUCCACCGGUUGUUAAAAUGCAGUUCCAAAGGUCACAUCAUCUACGUGAAAUAAUCAUUUACACAAAUUCCUCAAAUUUAGAAAGUGUUCAGAUCAACGCCACGCCACCAUGUACCUAUUACUUUAGCCUUCAUGAAGUACAUGAAGUGUUCCUUGGUUGUGACGAGAAAACAACGGCUUUGGAGAUGAUGUUUAACACCACCGAGCAUAGCGACCUCAUUCUCUGUGGAAUAGACGUCAUGGCAGGUAGCAACACCACAGCUUUCAAGACACCUCUCACCACCACGACUGACACCAAAACCACCACCACUACUGCAACUGAUGCCAUCACUACUACUGCCACAGAGAUCCAAACCACCACUUCUGAAGCUGACACAACCACCAGUACUGCCACUGACACCACCAGCACAGCCUCUGACACCACCAGUACUGCCACUGACACCACCAGCACAGCCUCUGAGACCACCAGUGAAACCGCCACAACAUCUACCGCAACUGACCCCACAUUUGCUGAGACAACAGUAAAACCGCUAGGUGUUGAUCGUAUGGGGCGGAAGAUCUUCAAGAAAUGUAUCUGUAGGUGCCGAAAUCUGAAGGCAGCACCAAGCAAACCAGAGGCAGUGGCAGAGAAAGUGACAGAACUGAAGAAAAAUGUAUCCGUCAACUCUAAAGACAUGACAAAAUCAAUCCUGAAGAAGACAAGUCGUGUGGACAAGAGGUCUUCUGCUGUUGUGAUUGGUUGGGCGUAUCUGAUUGUGGUGGCUGUUCCCUUCAUGGCAGUUGUCUUUGGCGACAUCUUGAAGGUCAUGACAUGGUUCUGUAUCAG